UUGGCGCUCUAAAACAAUCUCAUCCACUCCCGUCUUCUCCGUCUCCCCUGCCUGCCUAUCCACUCCACACUCUCCCGGGCUGCUUCGCCAGCCAUGGAUCUCUCCUCCUCCCUCGCGACGCCGCAGGCCCUCCGCGGCGGCUCGCUGACGGGGCCUCUCGCCGCCCACGCCGCGCGCCGCCGCUCCGUCCAGCUCCUCCUCCGCCCGCGCCGGCCAACGGCCCGCUGCUCCGUCGACGCCGCCAAGCAGCAGGUGCAGGGGCCGCCGGCCGCGGUGACGGCGGAGGCGGAGGCGGAGGCGGCGCCAGGCAAGGAGUGCUUCGGGGUCUUCUGCACCACCUACGAUCUCAAGGCGGAUGAGAAGACCAGGUCCUGGAAGAAACUAGUGAACGUUGCUGUGUCAGGUGCAGCCGGGAUGAUAUCAAAUCAUCUGCUUUUCAAACUUGCCUCCGGUGAGGUUUUUGGACAGGACCAACCAAUAGCACUCAAGUUAUUGGGCUCCGAAAGAUCGUUACAAGCACUAGAAGGUGUAGCUAUGGAACUGGAGGAUUCAUUGUAUCCCUUGUUAAGGGAAGUCAGCAUUGGCAUAGAUCCUUAUGUGGUCUUCGAAGAUGCAGAUUGGGCCCUUCUAAUUGGGGCUAAACCCAGAGGCCCUGGAGUGGAGCGAGCUGCCUUACUAGAUAUCAAUGGUCAAAUCUUUGCUGAACAGGGGAAAGCACUUAACGCUGUGGCAUCUCGGAAUGUGAAAGUCAUAGUUGUUGGAAACCCCUGUAACACUAACGCAUUGAUUUGCUUGAAAAAUGCCCCCAACCUACAAGCAAAGAACUUUCAUGCACUGACAAGGUUGGAUGAAAAUAGAGCCAAGUGCCAGCUAGCAUUAAAAGCAGGUGUUUUUUAUGACAAAGUAUCGAAUAUGACUAUUUGGGGGAACCAUUCAACAACUCAGGUUCCUGAUUUCUUGAAUGCCAAAAUUGAUGGGAAGCCAGUAAAAGAAGUCAUCAAAGACACAAAGUGGCUAGAAGAAGACUUCACAGUAACUGUUCAAAAGCGAGGAGGUGUGCUCAUCCAAAAAUGGGGCAGAUCAUCAGCUGCAUCAACCGCUGUUUCCAUCGUCGAUGCUAUGAGGUCCCUUGUAACUCCUACACCAGAAGGAGAUUGGUUCUCUACAGGGGUUUAUACGACUGGAAACCCCUACGGCAUAGCAGAGGACAUCGUGUUCAGCAUGCCAUGCAGAUCAAAGGGUGAUGGCGACUAUGAACUAGUUAAAGAUGUGGUAAUGGACGAUUUCCUCUGGGGCCGGAUCAAGAAGAGUGAAGUUGAACUGAUCGCUGAGAAAAGAUGUGUCGCGCAUCUUACAGGCGAGGGUAAUGCGUUUUGUGAUCUUCCUGGAGACACCAUGCUUCCUGGAGAGAUGUAGGUGCUUCAACAUGAAGACUUUCCGACAUGAUAAAGGAAGGAUAGUUGAGAGAAACGACUGUUUGCAGAUUGCAGCAGCUAUUUAUCUUCUGUAUAUCUAAUAAGGAUGCAGCAGACUUUGCUGUACAAAGAUGAUAAUAAUAUAGAGCAAAAUGUGGCGCUAAUGACAUCUCAAAGCCUUAUUCAUCA